UCUCAAGCUGUGUGAGAUCGAUAUUCCAGGGCAAAGUGCGGACAGAUGUCCAAAUCCAAUUUCUUGCAAUCCUUGUAGAUGAAGGUUUCAUGUGUACAGAUCAAUGGCGACAGCUUCCAUCUUGAAGUCGAGCCGCAGACGACAGGCAGCGAGUUGGAACAACAGAUCAAAGCUCGGCUUUGGGGAAAUGCGUUCACACGCAAAAACAAGGUGAUUGUUUGUUUGGAGGGAGGAGCAGUUCUGCAAAAUGAUGCGACCUUGGAAAGCGCGGGCUGUCCUUCAGAGGUGCAGCUGGUCAUCAGCUCAAACACAGUGACUUGUUCCAACAGAGCAGGGCUUGCUCACAUUGAUGCAGAGACUCUGGUUUCGGUUAGAAUCGAGGACGACAAGACUGACAUUUGUCCAAGUGCCUUUGAAUCCUGCAGAGUCCUGGCCGAAGUGAUCAUGCCCGAUUCAAUAAGAAGCAUUGGAGAAUAUGCCUUUUGCGACUGCAGCUCUUUGGAAAGUAUCACUAUCCCCAAUUCCGUCGAACACAUUGGUGAGCGUGCCUUUCGCAACUGCAGCCGGUUGCGGGAUGUGACCAUCCCGAGCUCAGUGCAAAGCAUUGGAUUCCGCACCUUUGAAGGGUGCAGCUCUUUGGCAAGCGUGACCAUCGCAGCGAAGAGCAUUGGAAACUAUGCCUUCAGCGGCUGCAGCUCUUUGAAAGGGGUGAACAUCCCCUUGCUGGACAGCAUUGGGACAUAUGCCUUUGAGGACUGCAAGUCUUUGGAGCAUGUGACCAUCCCCGACUCAGUGAAAACCAUUGGGGAGGGUGCCUUUGACCGCUGCAGCUUGUUGAAACAAGUGAUCAUCCCGGACUCAGUGGAAAGCAUCGGAAACUUUGCCUUUCGCAGCUGCCUGUCUUUGGACAGUGCCAUCAUUUCCAAGUCAGUGAGCAAAAUUGGGGACGGUGCCUUUGACAGCUGCAGCUUUUUGAAAACUGUCUCCAUCCCCGCGUCCGUGACCCACAUUGGGCCAGCAGCCUUCCUCAACUGCAAACUGUUGAAAAGUGUGGCCAUCCCAGCGGUGGAAAGCAUCGGGAAUUUCGCCUUCAGCGGUUGCCGCUCUUUGGAAACGGUCGUCAUCCCCGAGUCUGUGACCCACAUUGGGCCGUCUGCCUUCAAAAGCUGCACCUCUUUGACUUUGGUGGUGCCUGCCAGUAUUCUCGCUGGGGAACGAGUCAAGAUUGAUACCUGUGGUUGCAAACGGAUUCGAGCAGAUGAGAGUAUCAAGGAUUGGAACCACCCAACUGGUCCGCUGGGCCCGCGCUGCGAGGCUGCAGCGGAGUCCAGCCCUGCGGGCCCUGCAAGCCCUGCGGGCGGGGGCGCGACGGCGGCGAAGGUGCUGAGAGCCAAGGAGGAGGAGGAGGAGGAGGAGGAUGUGAAGCAGGCUGAAUGCGGGAAGUCCGAGGCAAAGGAUCAGAAGCCAAAGGAAAUGAACGAGGAGAAGGAGGAUCAGCAGGACAAGGAAUCAGAGGCUAAGGAGGAAAAGGAGGCUGAGAAGAUUGAUUCUGGGAAGCAAUGGCUCCUCUGAUGAUGUCAGGUGCUGCGUACGCUGACACAGCUCGUUCCUACUUACCCCGGGUCCUGAGGUGUCGAAGACAAAUCGCUCCAUAAUUGGGCGAUGAUUGGCCGGCACCUCCUUAAUAAUAACAAAACCAAAAUAAAACUAACAAAAAAGGAAAGGAAC